CCCCUGCCUGCUGUUUCGGAAUCGGCGACCUAUUCCGCGCUCACCAAUGUCCUAUCCUCAGGGUUACCUCUACCAGCCUCCGGGCUCGCUGGCUCUUUACUCCUGUCCGGCGUACGGAGCCUCGGCUCUGGCCGCCCCGCGGAGUGACGACCUGGCGAGGUCGUCCUCUGGCUCAGCCUUCAGUCCUUACCCGGGAUCGGCUGCUUUCUCCGCCUCGGCUGGUGCCGGCUUCUCCAGCCCGCUGUCAUACUCCACGGAUCCAGCCACGGGGUUCCCGUCGUACAUGAGCUCUCCAUAUGACGCGCAAACAUCAGGCAUGGCGGGGGCUUUGAGCUACCACCCAUACGGGAGUCCAGGGUACCCCUACCAACUCAACGACCCGGCGUACCGCAAAAACGCCACCAGGGACGCCACGGCCACCCUAAAAGCCUGGCUGCAGGAGCACAGGAAGAACCCGUACCCGACGAAGGGGGAGAAGAUCAUGCUGGCCAUCAUCACCAAAAUGACCCUGACGCAGGUCUCCACGUGGUUCGCCAACGCCAGGCGAAGACUCAAGAAGGAGAACAAGAUGACAUGGGCCCCCAGGAAUAAAAGCGAGGACGAGGACGAGGAGGACGGGGUCGGAGAGAGGAAAGAAGUGGAGCAUUCCGAGAAAAACCUCGAGAACAGCGAGGCUUCCGCGGAGGAUGAAGGGAUCAGCUUGCACGUCGACACCCUGACGGACCACUCCUGCUCGGCCGAGUCUGACGGGGAGAAGGUCAGCUGUCGCGUGGGCGAGCUCGGCUCCGACCAGGCCGGCAACAAAUGCGACGAGGACGGCGACGAGCAGAACCACGAACCGCAAGCUCAGCUCUCACCCAUAUCCGUCACGUCGUCACCUCUAACGGGAGUAGAAGCUCCACUUCUUAGCCAUCACCACCACCACCACCACCAACAACUCCAUCAUCUCCACCAGCUCCAUAGCCAGCACGAGGAUUUGGCCCGGAGCCUCACCAAUAACACCAUUCAUACCAAUAAAUCGUCUUCCUGCCUUGAUAGCAGACCUUCACCUCAGAACCCUACAGUCAAGCCCAAGUUGUGGUCGCUGGCGGAAAUUGCUACCUCGGACCAAAAGCAGCAGCAUCAGCAAGUGGGGCCCAAUUGCCCCUCCUCCAGCAGUGGCCUCCUCACCCCCCCUACGUCUUCCACCACCUCCCCGGCUGCCAGUUCCCCCUCCCUCUACCCGGCCCCGUCCAUCCUCGGAAGACCUAUUUAUUACACGUCUCCCUUUUAUAGCAAUUACACAAACUAUGGCAACUUCAGCCCCCUGCACGGCCAGGGGAUCCUGCGGUACACUAACUCGUCAGGAGUGAGUCUGGCGGCCGCCGCCGCCGCAGCAGCCGCCGCCGCCGCAAACGAGGGUCUGAGCUCCUCGCGCCAGGCGCUGGAGGGGAGCGCAAAGCCCAAAACCAGGCCGGACUCCCCCCUCGUUAAAAUGAACCCAAACCAGAUUGUUGUUGCUGAGCAGCAGCAGCAGCCCAAUUUCAGAACCGCGAGUGUAGAAGCAAAGAAAGGUACGUAAUAAAUAAGCCGAAAAAAAUAAAUAUAUAUAUAUAACCAAUUAGAAAAAUUAAUUAAAUCUGGUGGUGGAUUUUGAGAUUGCAUUUUUUUUUCUUGGUCGCGGGAGUAAAAAUGUGUCACUUGUUUGCAAUGCAAAUCAACUGGUUUUCUUUUAGUCACUUUCAUGUGUCUUGGAUGUCAAACCAUGGGAUGCAAAAAAAAGAAGACUUCUUUCAGGCGGGCGUGCAUGAGACGCGAGUGGCAUUAACUUACACUCUUAGCGGAUUAUCACUUGUUUUAAAAUGACGAUUGUAAGACUAAGUAUAAGACUUUGUGACUUAUUGCAAUGGAUUAAACAGCACCAUCAAAUCGAGUGAACAUAUAGGCAUAUCUUUCGUUGUCAACGGAGUGCAUUUUCUGGAAUAGUCAAUUCGUUAUAAUUUAAAUACAUGUUUUGAAUGGUUCAUGUAUUUUUAUCGGUAAGUGAAUCAUUAAGCAUCGCAGUGGAAAGCAGUAGCCUAGAGAUGGACAGACAUGUGCAGUUGGCUACACUUACAGAUGGAGACAUUAACAUAAACCCGUGGAAGACAUGCCUCCAAUCAGCCUAACCACACGCACUGACGCUCACACACGCACGUGCACACACAGUGUCAGUUUGUGAAUCAAAUGAGUGAAGACAUGUUGCCAUACCUUUGACCAGUCUUAUUUUUCCUCUGAUGAACACGUGUGUGUGUGUGUGUGUGUGUGUGUGUGUGUGUGUGUGUGUGUGUGUGUGUGUGUGUGUGUGUGUGUGUGUGUGUGUGUGUGUGUGUGUGUGCACCCGCACAGCAGGCCCCAGACGUUAUCUUUCUUUUGGAUAAUUAUAAUUACACAGGGUCAGCCAAAAGCAAAAAAAAAAAAAACACAGUUUGCAUUCAACUCGCAACUUUGCAUAUUCCAAAGUCACUUAUGGUACUCCUUUUCCCCCCCGGUUACUCCGGUAAUUAGGCAUUGGGGAUUUCUAUAAGCACUGCAGUAUCGAUAUGGUAUAGGCAGAGCGGGCCUGAGAUCAUUUUGUGUUUCCUGGGCUUGUGGAGCGAGUCGAUGUUUUGGGAUUUAUGUUUCCACGGUCUGCAGGUAGGUGUCACAAUUGCUUUGACUACAAAGAGAAGGAAGACGCCACCUUUUGGCCCCACGUUUUAACCCCUAUAACUUCCACUUGAUACCGGAUCUGGUGCCACCACAGAGUCCAAUUGAAAGCUGCUCCCGCCUCCACUCACCACAUCACGUCUGUGCGACUAUUGCUUGUGUAUUAUUUCAUUGUGGAUAAUCAUGACAUAACUAUGUUGGUUUGAAAAAUAUCUCCCUUUAUAUAUGUGAUUAACAUGUUAUUUCUCAGGUUCCUGUUGUUUGCUUUUUUUUUGCCACGGUAUAUCAUUUCAAUGAAUAUUCACGUGUGAAACCAUAUUUGUAAAAGGAGGAGUCUUGGGACGCAAAGAAAACGGGACUGAGGUGAACCUGACCACUUCAAAGUGGAAAAGCCUACAUUUGAUAUUUAUUUUUUUAAGUGAUGGCGAAAUGAUGUGUGAUUUAUGCAAGUUGUAUUGCAGAAAUGGGAAGCUGACAUCGUCUGUUUGUUUGUACAUAUAUAAACAUAUAUAUUAUGGACGGGUUUUAUUUUAGACGCAUUUGGGAAGAAGCUACACAAUCUUGUUACCAGGAGGACUUUUACUAAUUUAUAUCUUUGAAUGUAAAUGAAAUAAAACGCGCUGGUAUCGAUGUACUGGUGCGGUAUGAUAUCCAUUAUUCAAAGGAGAAAAUAUUAAACUGUUUUCCCAACUAUAA